AUGGCUGAUCCCCGCAUUAGCUGGUCCAGAUAUCUCGUUCGGCAAAACGAACAUGAUCUAGACACUCUACUCCAACAAGGCACUUUUAAGCCCCUUCUCCUCUCCCAUGUUAUUUUCUUCAACUGCCUGCCUUGGAUCGCCUUAGUCAUUCCCAAGCGUAGAGGUGGGCGGUAUUUUCGACCGUUGGUCUUUGCACUGAGCUUGGCAAUUGCUCUUGAGGUUCUCAGGACUCAACGAGCUCUCCUCGGUGGAAAUGGGUACAUGAUUGGCAUGAUGGUAGGCUGGUGGCUAGUGUGGAGUGCCACAUUAUUCGUAUUCUCAGACGUCGAGCGUGACUUCCAGCGCAUUGAGCGUGUGGCUUUAUCUGAGACGCCACAUCCUAAUGGCAAUGAGUUAAAUGCGCAGUCAGGAUCCAUGCUCGGUAGCAAUGACUGCCCUGCACCUGCACCAGAGGAUACAGCCGCAGCCCAGUUUCGCUGGCAGUCAUAUCCCUCUAAGCUGUCACAUCGCAUUGAGUGGUGCGCAGGACUUCUGUUCAACCUCCGUGGCCCAGAGUGGAAUUGGCGUGCACCUCGCCUUGGUCGACUGCCCCGAACAGUACACGCAAACCUGCAUUCUGGCUUCCUGGCCAGCAGUCUCCGAGAAGAAGAUGGAAUACAUAUUUCUGCAAAAUCUUGUCUUUCGAAAGCAUUUCGCACGUUUCUCAUCUCAUAUCUUACACUCGAUGCAUUGAAAGUCAUCAUGAUACGGGACCCAUACUUCCGGGGUACGCUCGUGGCGGACGCCACGCCUCCGUCGCCUCUCUCCUUCCUCGCAUCCAUACCUUUGGGUGUUCGCUUCUACCACUGCUUCGUGAGUUGUAUGGGAGUCUACGUCGCCCUCGCUUAUGUCACAUCAUUAAACCCCAUCUGCUUUCUCGGGCUAUCCAUGGCAUUCCCCAAUGCUUCCCGCAAGUUAACAGCGGCUCCAUUAGACGAGUCAUGGCUGUACGCCGAUACCUUUGGGCCAUUCAUUUCACCGGUCUUGGAUGACGGCCUAGCGGGCGUUUGGGGAAGCUGGUGGCAUCAGCUUUUCAGACACGGGUUCGUCUCUACAGCACGGUGGAUUCUAUCAUUGCUCCCAGGUUCAUGGGGAACAUGUCCGGGAAUGAAACGGGUAAUCUAUAUCGUGAUUGCAUUCUCGUUGAGUGGUUUUGUGCAUGCUUGUGGCAGCUACACGCAGUUCACAGAAACUCACCCCCUUAGGGGGCCGUUCCUAUUCUUCUUUCUACAAAGCAUGGCCAUUCUCGUCGAACAUAUGGUCAAGGCUGUAGUACUCCCAAAGCUGCGUCUGGGUCGUACUCCACGGUGGUUGCGGCGUACUGCAAAUGGCCUUAUUGUGUUUUGCUGGUUACUCUAUUCUGGAGCUUUCAUCGCUGAUGAUUUUGCCAGGGGUGGCCUGUGGUUGAUGGAGCCUGUGCCACUUAGCCCUCUCCGUGGCCUUGGAUUGGCGAAUGGUCAGGGAUGGUGGUGCUGGGAGGGGCAAUGGUUCAAAUAUUGGGAUGAUGGAACUUACUGGGGUAGUGGGAUACGGGUGAUCUGA